AUUGAAAAUGUGGUCCCAUCAUAUUAAAUUUACUAUGGAGGAUAAUGACCACCGCGUCCCAACCAAUCCUGAUUUUAACAAUCUGAUUAAUCACUACAGUGGACAGGCAAGGGUGUCCAAAGCUGAUUUCUACAACCUCGUGCCAUACAUAAGAAAGAAGAUGAACGGCGGCGAAGGAACCUUACCGAAGAAACUACUAGCUGUAAUGCUACCAAGAAUACCAUUUGAAGAUGAAGAUAUCAAAAAAAUAAAACAACUGAUGAUCAGCGAAUUCAAGCUGUAUAUUGUCACAGAGCUCAACUGCACUUCGAAAUUUACUGGCAAAUACUAUGGAGAAAUUCUUCUGAUUGCGUUGCAUCAUAAAGAAUUUGUUAAAGCCGCGAUGUAUUUGUUUCAGAACGUUCAUCAUUUGCUGAACUCUGUGAUACUUGCGCGCAACAUUAUUAACGCCAUAGAGGACACCCCUGACGUCGACUCAAUUCUCUUGUACAACAUCCUGACUUACCUGAUUCCGGCUAUAUACAAGUUGCGUGGACAUGCCUGUAUUCGUCAGGUUCUUACUUACAUCCGAACGCGUGUCAACAGCGAUGCCUUGCUUUGCGUGGAAAUUAAAUUGCAAAGCAUGGUCGAGAAUUCCAUUGAAUUGGCUUUUAACGACUGCGAGAAAAUGAGGUGCAUGCAGUUCCAGAUCAUUGCAAAGAAAAGAGACCGGAAACCUUAUACUCCCGACGAAAUUCAGUAUGUGUUGGACUGCGUAAAAGAUUUCACGUGCAAGGAGUUGGGGACUUUCCCAUACUUCAUUUGCAAUGUCUACAUUCAAUGCACUACAAUUCUGAAAACGAACGGGAAUAUAGAUAUGUUUCUGAGCAUGAUAAAUACGUUGCACGAUAUGGCCAUGGAACUACUGAAACAAGAAGAUCAUGAACGUGUCAGUAAAGGAGUCUUGAUUUAUUCCAUCAUAUAUGAAUCUAUCUACAAAGAUAAACGUGUCAAAUUGCCGUCUGGAUUCCCAAAGGAAAUUGUUGACUGCAUAUUUUUGGACUACUUAAUAUACAAAAACAAUUGGGAUUUCGGUAGUCGAGAAGACAUCAUCGAUCUCGUCGCUAAUAUUAAGGAAGACAAUGCUGAAGCCAUACUGUCAUUAUUCAUGAUCCUUGAUAACGCUGCUGAUAUUGUAACGUACUACAACAUCGAGUACAUAUACCAAGAAGUCAUCCACAAGCCAGACGCAUAUAUCGAAUCCACUGUUACCAAAUUUAUGGAGUUCGGAAUGAAGUACUAUUCCGAUAAUUUAAAAACAAAAAUCAUAACCCAAGCUUUGGCAUGCUUGGAGAAGAGUUUAACUUUGCGCACCAUUAAGAUUGAAUGCCACCUGGUAUCUUGCUUACUCGUGUUGUGCCGUUACGUUAAGAUGGGCGGCGAAGUGCAAGCCACGUUUAACGAAGACAUCAAACAGCUUAUAUUGAAUAUUCUGGAAGAAUUUGAGAGUUUAGAGAAUCACGAUGAGGAUGAGAUCAAGUUGGCCGAAAGAUCUUUAUCUACUGCAUUCGAAAUCAAUCUCCAUAUGGGAGUUCCAUCUGAUGAUAUGUUCCAACUUGUGGAGCUAGGACUCGUUUGCAAUAUGCGAUCCACGGUUGCUCAACUUCAGAUCUACUUAACUAAGUUUAUUCAAACUUCAUUCACAAGUUACCUAACGUUCUACAACAAGUAUUACAAUUAUGCUUUGCAUAAAUUGAUCAAUUCUGCGCGUUUGCCAUCCGCCAGAUUGAGGAGGUCAUUGGAACAUAGAAUUGUAUUACUAGCAUUGUGCACCAGCGCUGACCACGCUUCAAAAAAGGAAUUCGUUAAGAAUGCUGUACAAACCAUGACAGAUGUUUCUCUUAUCAAUGAUGACAAUAUUUGUAUAAUAUUGUAUUGCUUGGAUGAAAUGAUGACCGAUUCGACCUUAAAGACUUGCACCGAAUCGCACUUGGAAGACGUUGUUAUUUUCUGUUUAUACAUCAGCACCAAAUUUAACACUUUUUCUGUCCAAAAUGCUGUGAACUAUUUGUUCAAUGAUUUGGUGAAACGCAUUUUCCCGUCGAACGAUAAUUACAAGAAUCUUUGCCUGUUCGACUUUUUUCUGUGGCACCCGAGGCUCUUUUCCUUGCUGAAGGGAUACCAUGGUCCAACUAGAAAGUGCGAGCAAGAGAGCAAAUUACUAUUCGCAAGUCUCUUGACCAGAUCGCACAACGAGAACGUGAUUGCUUUCCCUGAUCAGACCUUGGGAUUGGAAGCUAUUGCACCAGACGAGGCUUUCUUAGCAACACAAUUCGAUGUUAUCACUAAAAGUCGCUUGAGACUUUACGCAGAUGUCUCGCCAAGGGUGAAGUUCGUUGAAGUUUUGAAUGGACUCAAGCGUAUGAUCACAGUUAACAUCAGUCGUUUGACUAACAACAAUGUUUAUUUUAUACUGACUGCUAUGGCAGGAUUGGCUGUGCAGAGAAAUUCUUAUUUAACUUCGCAACAUCUGCGAAUCCGUUACAACCCUUCUCGUUCAUUCGUGAAAUGCGAGAGGUUCAUGAACAAACAUUACGAUUUGACCGAUUUGCAUCAUAUGCGCUUAAUUCGCAUAAUUGCUAAAAAUAAUGGUCUAUUGUGUUUCACUAAUGACCAAGACGUAUAAGUAUUAUAUCAGUACUAUUAAAAUAAUCGGUGUAUAUUGUUACACUUCGUAACAAUUUUUAUUUUCUUUUAUUAUUUCAUAUUUGAAGUAGAACUAUAUUGCAACAUUAUAUAAUCCCGUGUAAUACAUGUGAACUAUAUGAUUAAUUAAAA